UUAGCUUACCCAAAGAUGCCUUACAACACUUCUCUCAUCAGUCCAAGUCCUAGAGAGGAUCCCAAGGGUGGCAGUUUCUUGGAGGAAAGCAAUGGUGGGGGUGAUGACAGCAAUGUCCUGGGUGGGGACAGCCUGGUCACAGGGCCGCUGGGUGCAGUGCUGCUGGUCAUGUGCCUCACUGGGAUGGUGGGGAACAUCUACACAGUGGCAGUGGCCUCUGGCAGGGUGGCAGGCUGCUCAGCAGGCUCCUUGGGGGUCUACAUGAUCAACCUUGCCCUGGCUGACCUCCUGUACCUUUCCACCAUCCCCUUUGUGGUUUGCACCUACUUUGCCCACGACUGGUUCUUUGGGGAUGUGGGUUGCAGGCUUUUGCUCAGCCUGGACCUCCUCACCAUGCAUGCCAGCAUCUUCCUCCUGACAGCCAUGAGCCUGGAGAGGUACUGGGCGGUGGUCAAGCCUCUGCGGGCCCGGCGGGCCAGCAACGCCUACCGCAGACUGGCCAGCGCCAUCCUCUGGCUCCUCUCGCUCCUGCUCACGGCCCCCAUGAUGGUGAUGACUCAGCUGCGGGAGGGGGACGGCCCCCAAAAGCGCAUCUGCGUCCCCACCUGGACGCCGUCGGCUUUCCGGCUCUACCUGACGGUGCUGUUCACCACCAGCGUCCUGGCACCCGGAGCCGUGCUGGGCAUCGUCUACACCCGCCUGGCUCGGGUGUACCAGUCCUCAGCCUGGCGCCUGGGGCUGCCGGCGGCCGGCCGGGCUCCUGCGCGGCGCCUCCUCUCCAGGAUCUCUGCCAUCGUGGUGGCCUACUGGGCCUGCUUCCUCCCCUUCUGGGCCUGGCAACUGGCCGGGCUGUACCAGGGAGAGGGGCUGGGCAUCGGCCCCACUGCCCAGGCCUACCUUAACUUCGGUGUCACCUGCCUGGCCUAUGGCAACAGCUGUGUCAACCCCUUCCUCUACACCCUGCUUGCCAGUGGCUACCGCCGGCGCCGUGGCCGCACUGGGACGGGCGAGGCGCGGCCUGCGGCACCCUCUCAGCAGGCUGCGGGAAGGCACAGCAGCCCCCUGGCUUUCAGGGAGUUCUCGGGGUCUGUGAGGGAAAGAGAGCAGUGA